GACCUGCAGACCUCUUGCUGCAGGGAAGAUUCACCCCUGGGCAAGACUAUGCCAGUCCCAACAAGUUUAAAGCCUGAGCAGAUGGGACAGCUCUGGAGUAAGGGCGGAUGGACACUUGCCCUGGUCAGUGGCACAGGCAAGGAGCUUGCAGACCUCCAUCUCCCACCCCUUUUCACGGGAGAGGGAACUGUGGAUGUGUUGGAAAAGCUUCUCUCUCCCCGAUGCAAGAAGCCCCUCAGUGGCUGAACACUGUAUAAACAGCAGCAGCAGGCUCCCUCCCCUUUUCCAUUUCUGUUUGUUAAACACACGCUCCCUGCCUUUCUGUCAUUCAGGAGCUAACCCAGCAUCCAGCCUUGCGAUACGGGGGCUGUCAGUCACCCUGCAAGAGGGUGCUCUCCAGAUGCUCAGGGUGGUACUGAAGCUACCCCCAGCGAUGAGGCACCCUCCAGCAGCCUGGAUCCUCACCUGACUUCCUUGCUUUUCCGAGGACAGUCACAGAAAAGUGCUUUUCACCCCUUUGCCACAGGUUGACUCCCAGAGAGUGGAGAGGACCAAGUGCUCCAUCCUGGCCAGCAAUGAGACAAUAACUUGAGACCUCCUUCACCUCCUGACAGAAAGUCUCAGGCCACACAUGGGCCCAUUGGAGGGAGCCAACAGCACUCUCACCAUGGAGAAGACAGCAUUGGAGGAGAAGCUGCCACAGGGCUGGCAUGCCAAGGACUUUGUCACUCCUAGCCAGGAUCUCUCUGGGUCGCGCAGUGUUAUGAUGGACAGCACCAAGAUCCUGGGGGUGCAGGUUGUUCUGAUUGCUGCCUACUCCCUCAUCAUUCUCCUGGGGUUCAUAGGCAACUCCUUGGUCAUUUACAUCAUAGUGAAGUACAAGACCAUGAGGACUGUCACCAACUUCUUCAUAGCUAACCUGGCCCUGGCAGAUCUCAUGGUGGACACACUCUGUCUGCCCUUCACCCUAGUCUACACGCUGCUGGAUGAGUGGAAGUUUGGGGCUGUUCUUUGUCAUCUGGUUCCUUAUGCUCAAGCUCUGAGUGUCCAUGUGUCCACUCUCACCCUAACUGUGAUUGCCCUGGACAGGUAUCGGUGUAUUGUUUUCCACCUGGACAGCAGGAUUUCCAAGAGGCUCAGCUUCACCAUCAUUGCUGUCAUGUGGCUAGCAGCAGCUGUGCUGGCAGGUCCUCUGGCCAUCUUCAGAGAGUACCGGUAUGAGGAAAUCCCAUCCAUCAACCUCAAAAUGGCUGUCUGCUCAGAAAAAUGGCCUUCUGGCAAUAACAGAGAUGCCACCAUCUACAGCCUGUCCAUGCUCCUCCUGCAGUAUGUCUUUCCCCUUGCAAUUAUUUGUUUUGCCUACACCAGGAUCUGGUUCAAGCUGAAAAACCAUGUCAGCCCUACUUCUAGGAAUGAAAACCAGUGCCGGAGGAGGAAGACUACCAAAAUGCUAGUGAUGGUAGUUGUAGUAUUUGCAGUCUGUUGGCUCCCCUUCCACAUAUUCCAGCUUGCCAUUGAUCUUGAUCUGGUCCUUAUCUUCCAUGACUACAAACUCCUGUACACUGUUUUCCAUGUCGGCGCCAUGUGCUCUACAUUUGUCAACCCUCUGCUCUACGGAUGGAUGAACAAGAACUACCGGAAUGGCUUCCUCAUGUUCUUCCGUUGCCAGAACAAGCCAGAAAGCAUCCACACUGAAGGCUCUGUUAGAGGGAGGUCGUACAUCUUCAGGGCCAGCACCCUAAAUGGAAGCAUCAAACAGACUCCUGGCAAUGUACCACUGCCCACGGAGGUUUAGGGAUGGGACAUCCACCUCUAGGACUGGGGCUGACUGAGCCCAGAGACAUUCUUGUGUGAAUGCCUUUUUUUGGCAGAGCAUUGUGUUGCCAAAACGUUAUAGCUACUGCAGGCACGUAGAAGCACCCCCUGUAUCUCGCAGAACAAUAAACCUGAUGUAUUUCUGUCUGACCAAACAAAUGAA